GGGGUUCACACAAGUAUUUGAAAGGAAUAAUAAUCGAUUGGUCGACGUGCGUGAUCUCCAUUUCUCGUACACAAGUUUAGGGAUUCUUUGUGCAAUCCAUAGUGGAGGGUAUUUGACCCUUUGAAAUUAUCAAAAAUGGUUAAGAUGGAACAUGAUGAUGGAAAAAACGAACCUGAACAUGUUAGGAAAUUAUUUAUUGGUGGAUUAGAUUAUAGAACUACAGAUGAUUCUUUAAAGAAACAUUUUGAAAAAUGGGGAGAAAUUGUAGAUGUAGUUGUAAUGAAAGAUCCAAAAACAAAACGAUCUAGAGGAUUUGGAUUCAUCACCUAUUCUCGUGCACAUAUGGUAGAUGAUGCUCAAAAUGCAAGACCACAUAAAGUAGAUGGACGUGUAGUUGAACCUAAAAGAGCUGUUCCUAGACAAGAAAUUGGUAGGCCAGAAGCCGGUGCAACAGUGAAAAAAUUAUUUGUAGGUGGUUUAAAAGAUGAUCACGAAGAAGAAGAUCUUAGACAAUAUUUCCAAAGUUAUGGUAGCAUAAAUUCAAUCAGUAUUGUAACAGAUAAGGAAACUGGCAAAAAACGUGGUUUUGGUUUCGUUGAAUUUGAUGAUUAUGAUCCUGUAGAUAAAAUUUGUUUACAACGCAAUCAUCAAAUACGUGGGAAGCAUGUAGAUGUUAAAAAAGCUUUAAGUAAGGCUGAGAUGGCUUCUGCAUCAGGAGGCGGUGGUGGUAGUGGCGGCGGUGGGAGCAGAGGAGGACAAAAUGUAGGAAGAGGACCUCGCGGUGGCAAUCAGGGCGGUGGUAAUUGGGGAGGUCGUGGAAGUGGAGGUGGUGGAGAUUGGAAUAAUGGUGGUAAUCAGGGUGGUUAUGGUGGAGGUAAUCAAGGAGGUUGGGGUGGUAACGGCCCUUGGGAGAAUCAGAAUCAAGGUAAAGGAGGUGGCUGGGGAGGUCAAGGAGGUCAAGGUGGAUAUAAUAGUGGCGGAAAUUGGAGCAACGAUAACUUUGGAGGAGGUUACCAGCAAGGCUAUGGCGGUGGUCCAGUACGGAAUAAUUUCAACUCGGGAGGAAGACCUGCACCCUAUGGUAUUAAUAUGGGUCCUAGUGGCCGACAGUCUGGAGACUCGAGAUGGCUACCACCCUUCGGUGGACAAGGUCCUAUGGGUGGUGGAAAUUCUGGAGGUGGUGGUGGUGGUGGUGGUUAUGGUAACCAAGGUGGCUAUGGCGGUAGUUCUCUUGGAGGUGGAAAUAUGGGAGGUGGAGGUGGUGGUGGAGGAAGAAGAUACUAAAUACAUUAUCCAUGGUUACUUCCCUCACGUGGUGAACCUACUACUUGUCUUCUAGUCGCCAGUACUUCUGUACUGUUUAGUAUUGGAGCAGGCAGGGCUAUAAGGCUAGAGACAAGACCAGGCAGGACAAUCAGGAUACAGGACAGAGAAGCGUCAUCUUAAAUAGAUCACAGUGAGGGAGGCUUUUACUUGUAUUUCUUUUGGUAUCUAGCACCUAUUGCAUAUAUCUUAUAUAUUCAACUAUUUAUGUGAAAAUAUUGCAUCACAAUUUUCUAGAUUGUGCCUGAACUCAUUGUGUGGCACAUAUAAUAUCCAAAAAAAACAAACGAUUAUUAACGUAAUUGUCAUGUUAGAGAAAAAGAUACGAAUUAAUUUGAUUAUUCAGUUACUAUGGCUAGGGAUACAUCCGUGCCAUCCAAAUAUUUGUAAUAUUUUGUUAUAUUUACUGUAACACCUUCAGAAAUGACUAAUAGACCUAGGAUUUUAUAUUAGACAUUGGAGAGCACGAUUGUUUCUCUAAUUUAAUAAAUAUAUCGAUAAUAGCAGUGCAUGUAAGAAUCUAGGUUUUGAUAUAUUGAUGAUUUAUUUCACUAUAAACAAGGUGGUUCUUACAGAUUAAACUCUUAUAGAUUAAACAUCUCAGGAUAAAAGGGAUUAAAUCUCAGAUAAAUGCAUGGAAAAAAAAAUGUUAAUAUUAAAUGAAAUUAAUGAAUUUACAAAAGAACCAGGUACAUUACAAUUAUCGGUUAGCAUUUUCGUAGGUUACUUAGACUAAUUAAUUAUUUAAGUUGUAAUGUUUUAAGAGUUAGUUAAUAAAAAUAACUAGAACCUUC